UACGUCACUACCGGUUGAAGGCGGCGCGCCAGGAAAAAUCUCUUUGCUGUCUUUUUGAGCUCCCUUUCACGCUCGUAUCGUCGAUACCUGAAUGAAAGAGACCCACCGAUUGGACUCCCUGCCGGCCGUUUGGACCGCGUCUCAUGUUAGCAUUACGUGCUAACUCGCUCCGCCAGGUAAAUCCUGACGUUCAGUACACCGCGCGUUUGUGCGUGCGUCUGAGCCAUGUCCGUGUCCGUGAUCAUCAAAUGGGGGGGGCAGGAGUACGCCAUCACGUCCCUGUGCGAGGACGACACCGUCAUGGACCUCAAGCAGUCCAUCAAGACCUUGACAGGCGUGCUACCUGAGAGGCAGAAGCUGCUCGGGCUCAAGGUCAAAGGAAAAGCAGCGGAGGACCAAGUGAAGUUGGGCUCCCUCAAGUUGAAGCACAACACCAAGAUCAUGAUGAUGGGCACCAGCGAGGAGGGCCUGGAGGAGGUCUUGGCCCCGCCCCCCGAGAACGACGACGUGGUCAACGACUUUGACAUCGAGGAGGAGGUCAUCGAAGUGGAGAACAGAGAGGAGAACCUGGCAAAGAUUGCUCGCCGCGUUAAAGAUUACAAGGUGGAGGAGAUGAAUUCCCCCAGGGAAGGGAAAAGACUUCUGGUCCUGGACGUGGACUACACUUUGUUUGAUCACAAGUCGUUUGCAGAGACUGGUCAGGAGCUGAUGAGGCCUUACCUUCAUGAGUUCCUGACGUCAGCCUACGAAGAUUACGACAUCGUCAUCUGGUCCGCCACCAGUAUGAAGUGGAUCGAUGCCAAAAUGAAGGAGCUGGGUGUGACUGACAACCCCAACUACAAGAUCACCUUUAUGCUGGACAGCGCCGCCAUGAUCACCGUGCACACACCCAAAAGAGGCGUCGUCGAGGUGAAGCCGCUGGGCGUGAUCUGGGGAAAGUACGAGCGCUUCUACAGCCGCAAGAACACCAUCAUGUUUGACGACAUUGGACGCAAUUUCCUGAUGAACCCGCAAAACGGACUGAAGAUCCGACCGUUCAUGAAGGCACACAUGAAUCGCGAGAAGGACCGGGAGCUCCAGAAGCUGAGCGAGUACCUGAAGGAGAUCGCCACACUGGAUGACUUCACCACACUUAACCACAAACACUGGGAGAGGUACCUGUCCAAGAGGCAGCAACACUGAGACCACCAUGAAGACCUCAUCACGACACCACACUGGAAGAUGACUCAUCCUGCGGCCAAACUCCACCUAUUACGCACUGGCACUGUGCGCAACCCUAACCCUACAAUACAGUGGCAAAACAAACACAACACAACAAACGCAGGAAUCCAAUGCAACGACGCUCCACACGCAAUGCAGCGCCAAAAACGACAACGCAACAGCGACAUUAACAAAGCAACACCUUGUAGCAACAGAAGCAGGGGAAAAAAAGCUGCCGAUACAGCAAAUGCGUCACGUCAUGGAAACACCUGGAGGAAUGUGUGUGCGUGUGUGUAAAUAGGAUAUUCAUAAAAAAAAACAUUUUUUGUACCCAUA